UGGUCAGCACGAUCGGUUGUCGAGCGCCUUAAGGGGGGGGAGGGAAUCACUUUUUAAAAAAAAUCUUGUCCGGCCGAAGUGCGUCAAGAAAAAUCAUCGAAUCGACAGGUUUUUUUUUAGACAUUGUAUUUGAAGUAAAAAGUGGAUCAAACAUCGCCGUGUCCGAGGCGUUGACGGAAUUAAGAAUGUCCCAGCCGUAGGUCGUGGUGUCAGAAAGUUGGGGGUUGUCAGUCUGGAAACUUUUAUUGCUGCAGUGUUAAAGUGUGGUAAAGGUGCAUUGAGGAAAAAAAAGAAGAAAAAUUCUGCAUAAGUCAGCUGAGACAAUCAGCUUUCAGUAAUUUCCUCAUACAAUGGCACAGUGGAAUCAGCUACAGCAGUUGGAUACCAGAUAUCUGGAACAACUGCACCAACUCUACAGUGACAGCUUCCCCAUGGAAUUGAGGCAGUUUCUUGCAGCUUGGAUUGAGACCCAAGAUUGGGCAUAUGCUGCAAGCAAGGAAUCACAUGCUACACUAGUGUUCCAUAAUCUGUUGGGUGAGAUUGAUCAACAGUACAGCAGAUUUCUACAGGAAUCUAAUGUCCUGUAUCAGCACAAUCUGCGGAAGAUUAAACAGUACCUGCAGAACAGGUAUUUAGAGAGGCCAAUGGAGAUUGCACGUAUCAUAGCUCGAUGCUUGUGGGAAGAAGCACGUCUUCUUCAAGUUGCGACGUCAGUGUCACAACAAGCCGGACAAUCGCCACAUCACAGCUCUGUGGUAACUGAAAAACAGCAGAUCCUCGAACACAAUCUGCAGGAUGUACGGAAGAGAGUACAGGAUCUUGAACACAAAAUUAAGAUACUGGAAAACCUUCAGGAUGAUUUUGAUUUCAACUACAAGACCCUGAAAAGCCAAGGAGAUGUGCAAGAUUUGAAUGGGAAUUCACAAGCAGCAACAAGGCAGAAGAUGGCUCAACUGGAACAGAUGUUGACCGCUUUGGAUCAGAUGCGGAGGCAAAUAGUAACUGACCUAGCUGCCCUACUGUCUACGAUGGAGUUUGUGCAGAAGACCUUGACCGAUGAAGAACUAGCUGACUGGAAAAGGCGGCAACAAGUAGCAUGCAUAGGAGGUCCACCAAACAUCUGCCUUGACCGUCUUGAAAACUGGAUUACAUCUUUAGCUGAGUCUCAGCUCCAAACACGUCAGCAGAUUAAGAAACUGGAAGAACUUCAGCAAAAGGUUUCUUACAAAGGUGAUCCUAUUGUUCACCACAGACCUGUUUUGGAGGAGAGAAUUGUUGAAUUAUUUCGGAGCUUAAUUAAAAGUGCUUUUGUCGUGGAGAGACAGCCGUGUAUGCCAAUGCAUCCAGACCGUCCUUUAGUGAUCAAAACAGGUGUGCAGUUUACAACAAAAGUGAGGUAGGUAGGGAAAUACUUAUUGAGAAAUUGUCAUAAUCAU